AUGCCUCCCCACCCUUCUGACACCCCCGAACGCCCCAUGCCUGCCCUACAGGCUCUGGAACCAUUCCUUCGCCUCCUGGCGACCUCCCACCGUGAGAUCGAGAGCGUCGUCGCCGAUGCGCUCGGUCGAUGCCUCGGGUUCUUGACGCGCGCGCAGUGGAAGGAGCUUGGCUUGAACCAAAACCGCUGGCGCGCGUUGUUCAUGUCCAUACUCUACCUGCUGCGCGAGGACGGAAGGGCCGGAACGGGCGGGAACGGUCGCACCCGGCUGGACGACCCUCUCACGCUCCCCGAUGAAGCGUCUGUCGGGUCGGACGCAUACGAAGAAGAGCGAGCCCUCUUUCGUCGCGUCUCGGGUGGUAAGGACGUCAUUUGCUUUUCGUAUGUGAGUAUGCGUGACGUGGUCUCGUUGCCGUUGAACGUGGACGUGUGGACCUGACGCGUGCCCUGCACUGCGCACGCCUCCCCCCCUGUCUCACUCUGCAGGCCUGGACAAGCGUCAUACGAGCAACAAUCGAGACCAAGAGGCACAGGGUCUUCGUGCCGAAGCUCGUUCACUCGGCGGAUUGGUGGGAGGACCGUGUGGUUAUGCUGAUCGUCGGGCUCUUUGGGUGGAAGGAUCGGGUACCUGCGGUCCUUCGCGUGUUCGCCUCGGCCGGCUUUGUGACCCCCACCGCCGCGGGUCGCCACCAAGUCUACGAGCUCAAGGUGGCCGAAGCGAGUUUUCGGAACCAGAGCCUCAAGCGCAUUGUCGAGGCGAUUCUCUUGGUUCCUCUGCUACGCGACAGGGCGACCCACCCGGCCACUGCAGACCCCAGGCUCGAGGCCGCUCUCCGUGCCUCGUACAAGACCGCGCACAAGAUCGUCCCGGAUGCCGCGACGUUCGACACGAUCUACGCAUCCGCCCGCGGGAUGAUCUUCGACGCAAUCCAAGUCGUCGAAGAACACCUCGACAGGAUGAUCGGUCCGAUUGAGCGCGUGCAACUCCGCCGCCAGCACACGCUCGGCGACCUGGUGAAGGGGAAGUUCAAGUUCUUGCCGACCCAGGUCUUGCUUCCGGCACUGCACGCGCUCAAGAUCAAAAGUGGUCGUAGCUUAGGCAUCGGACCGGUGAGCACCCCUUGACACCUUCGGGUGGAAUUGCUACUGCAUUGGUAUAGCCAAGUGAGCGCUUCGUACUGACCGAAGCUCGACCCGGCCCCCGAUACUUCACAGGACUUUGCGCCGGAAUUUAUAACGAUGUCCUUGCGCCGUACCGCAAUCAUCCUCUGGAAGGGACCGGAGGUUGCCCGAGUGCUUGUCAAAUGGCUCGAUGGGGUCUGGAUCCCGUGGGCUGCGCAGCGUGCUGAUGCGCAGACGACGAACGAGGAAUUCGCCGGCCCCGGUCAAAGGGUUCGCGAGAUGUUGAGGCGACAAGUCGACACGAAGGGUGUGCUGCUGGGAGGAGGAGGCGGAGGCGAGGAAUGGGUAAUUAGCCCCGAAUGGGAGGCCCAGUGGUUUGCGUUUUGCGAAGCGACGAUUCAUGGCAUCUUUUCCGUCACAACCCCACCCCGGUCGGAUGCUCCUGCCAGCGACUCCGACAGUGACGACGCCGACCUCGGCCCACUCACCAAGGUGCGCAAGGUGACCGCCGCCCAGUCCGACCGAAGCCUCUUCAAGCCCAACUCGGAUGGCGUUCCGCGUUACCUGACCGGCAAGGGACCGCUCGUCGUCUUGCAGCUCUUCAAUGUCGAGCUCUUUGGUCCCCACCGCGUUCCACAUGGUCAGUGGUUAACCAACGGCCAUUCGGUCCACAUCCUCACGCUCGAUGUCGAUGAACCUUCAUGGGCCGUCGGGGACCUUGUGCUGCUCGACUCAAGUGACCGCAGGAAGCGACUUCACACCCGCAAGCGCCGCGCAGCCAAGCUCAUGGACCGUUUCGACGGCCCUUAUCGCAUUGUUGCGGCGCAGCCAGGGAUCUCCACGUACACCUUGCAACUCAACAAGGACGAUUCCGCGGUACCGUUCUUCCACACGGGCAAGCUCAAGGCCUACCGCUCAAAUGAUUCGGAAUUGUUCCCAAGCCGAGAACCCGCGCGCCCGGGACCGGUGGACGUAGGUGGAGAACCCGAGUGGGUCAUCGAGGACAUCGUCGAUGAAAGGGUCCGAGCGGGGAAGACUCAAUAUUUGGUCUCUUGGGUUUCAUGGCCGUCGGAUAGCGAUUCAUGGGAGCCUGCCGAGGCACUGGAGGACACGGAGGCAUUGGACCGUUGGGAACAUCGGAACGAGGAAUGAGAGAAACGGUAUACGAAACGUUCGACCUCGUCACCGAGCACUACCCGACGUGGCAUUCGUCCAAGGACGCGGGUCCCAUCUUCCGCAAGCUGAUUCAGAGUCUUCGCAAGAUCCCCUCCGUCCCAAAGACCGCCACAAACCCAAAGGGAGUGGGGCACGAGGAGCAGUCGGUGCGCUGGGUCCCCAAACGUGCGGUCAAGCAACCUCCCACCCUCCCCGGGGGCAUGCCAAUGAUCCAGAGGGUUGAGAACGGGAGGGAAGAGGCGCUGCAGGCGAUCUUUCAAAAGGCGACUGGGGAGGUACGUUCCAAUCCUACGCGAGCUGAGCGGGGGGGCAUUGAUCCUUUGUAAACCCAAGUUUGCUAACCUCCUGUAGUGCCUUUCCUCCUUGCACCUCAUAUCGACUGGGUAGUCGUGGGGCGAUUACGAGCUCCCACCAAUUUCCACCUGCAUUCCGGGCUGCGACGAGUUGGCGAGUGAGCUCGAAGCCGGGGUUAACCGCGAUGUAGUCACUGUCGGCAUCGACCCGGGUACCAAGUGCCCCGUGGCCAUCUCCUCCAGAUUGUACGAUCGGAACGGAUGCCCAAUGGAAGACGAGCUGGUGUUAUACGCGUCCUCCGUAGAUCACGCCCUUCAUUCGACGCAAGAGCGCACGCGCUUAAUCGACGCCGAACACCGCCGGAAUGCCUCGUGUCGUGCCCGCUACCGCCACUCCUGGCCCCGCUCCUCGCGCCCCUGCCCCAAUCGCCCCUACCGACGCGCUCGCAGUAGCUGCCACCGACGCCCAUCGGUCGCAUGCUGGCACAUCGGACGACGCACCUUCGAUCGAGUGGCUGCAGUCCGAGCCAGAACGCCAGGCAGCAGUGCACAAUUCCCGGGUCCACGCCAAAGCGACCGUUCAGCGCCUCGUCGACCAAGUGAUGAGCGCGACGGGUGUCCGCGUCGUCGGUGAGUGCACCAAGUUGACAGGGGCCCUCCCGGCGCCGAUCGAGCUUCUGGUGGCACGCCUAACACCCCCCCCCCCGGUGACUGACCACUGCGUGACUCUGGCCCGGACGGCGGGGUUUUCUCUCUUUUCUUUUGGUCUUUCCCUUCCUCACUCAGAACGAGCCUUGAAUGGAACUCGCCAGCAGCAAGCCCUCGACAGCCUGCGCUCGCCCGAGUUGGCGCUUCGAGACGACAUCCUGUCGUCGGAGCCACGCCUCUUCCUUUUCUUCAUCGGCGCGGGUGGCUCGAGCCGUGGCACGGUUCACGCGACCUACCGCACCAACGUCUUCCUGCGGGCGCUCGUUGCAGAGAUCGAGCGUCUGAAGCGCGUCGGCUUGGAUAUUCUGGUUUACUACGUCGAUGAAGAUUUGACGUCGUCGCUAUGCAGUAACCAAGACUGUCGGAACGAGCACGGCCACCGGUCGAGGUCAGUCUCCGAGAUCGAACAGGGCCGAGUCGAGGUCAUGUUUGCUGGUCUGAUCACCAACGUUGUUCUCCUUCGUCGCCCUACCCUCUACAGGCUCAACGACAAGGGAACCGUCGAGGGCAGCGCGAAGCCGCUGUUCCGCGUUUAUCAGUGCGAACGCGGAUGUCAACCCCCUGUCCAUCGUGAUUUGGUCGCAGGCAAGAAUAUCAGGUUCGCGGGCCUCCAUUGCCUCUUCUCCGACCACCACCCCUUCAAGCAGUACCAUUAA